AUGUUUAACAAGAAGGACAAAAAUGACGAGGAUAGCACGACAUUCAGGAAACCCGUGGCUAUUCGCGUUGACCAAUCUGCGGGUGCUAUGUCCAUUAGUCCAAGUAGCCGCGACAUUGUCCUAGCCUCCCCACCACGAUGGCUGCACCAUCUUACUUCAUGGGAAGUUGCCGAUGUACAAUGGUCUCCUCAUGCAGCUACUCCUAAUUGGGUGAUAUCAACAUCUAAUCAAAAAGCACUUCUUUGGAAUCUCGACCUCCCAUCUAGCAACGCCAUUCAAACAGUUAUUCACGGUCACUCGCGUGCUAUCACAGACAUAAAUUUCCAUACUACUGAUCCCGUACUUCUUGCAACAUCUUCAAUCGAUUCUUACAUCCAUACUUGGGACUUGCGAGAUCACCGUCGCCCUCAUCAAAGUUAUGCCGACUUUUUCUCCGGUGCCAACCAAGUCAAAUGGAGUCGUGCUGACAGCCAUAUGUUGGCAUCAAGCCACGAUAUUCGCGUUCUAAUAUGGGAUGACCGCAACAAUUCUAUUCCGGUGGUAUCGAUCCCCGCACACUCAUUAAAAGUCAACGGACUUGACUUUUCGCGCUCUGGACAAAAUAAGCUAAUGUCCUGUUCAAAUGAUAUGACCGUCAAAAUAUGGGAUCUCAAUGAUACCGAAUCUUGCGCUAAAGGAACCCCUGAAGCUACUAUAAAAACUAACUUCCCAGUGGGCCGUGCCCGUCAUACACCGUUUGGAACAGGUUGUGCAAUUAUGCCAUUACGGGGCGGCAACGACUCCUUGUUUUUAGUAGACGUUAGUGCUUCAAAGUUACCCAAGGGAUCGGCAGUCCAGCUUGAAGGAGUUCACGAGUUUAAAGCACACAACGCUCCACUUCGCGAAUUUCUAUGGAGAUACAAAGGUGGAUCAAAUCCACAAUUUGAAGACCGCGAGUUUCAGCUUGUCACAUGGGCCCGCGACUAUGACGUUCGACUCUGGCCUGUUAAGCGCGAAACUUUGGAAAAGGUUAACUAUGUCUACGGUAGCCGGAUAAGUAUGGCAAUGCCUCGUGCAGGUGCUGAGUAUAAAACUUACCACAAGGAACCCGAGAUAAUACCUGCCAACUCACGAACAACAUCUUUUCGAAUGCAGCGAGGGUCUUUUGGAACUUCACCUGCUGUCAUAUCUCAUUUAUCCAGUACCUUUGCACACAAAAGUAGUCGCAACCGAAGCACCCCAGCUAUGAUGACACGAGCUGCCGGACCAUUAGCUCUUAACCAUGAGCCAACACGAGACCAUUUGAGAUGGGUUGCUGGCGUUAGAAUAGGGCUUUCUGCAUGUGCCACAGAGCCAUCAGAUCUUGGUUCGGGAAAUAGUGAUAGUCUUCGAGGAUAUUUGGAAUCUAAUACACCUGCAAAUUUGGGUGAAGAACUAAGUCUGGUUAAUAACUUGUUUCCAACGAUUAACUUUGAACAACUUUCAAUCACUACUGGCAAACUUACUAUUACUCUUAACAGGGCACCAUCUGGCGAAUAUGAUAAUUUAAAUGAACUGAUAUUUUUAAGAGUUGAUAUUCAACUUCCAGAAAAUUAUCCACAUGGUGCCCCGACUUUUUCUCUUAGUGACAAUUAUAAACUUUCUACUGAUGCAAUCAAGGAACUGCAGUUGGAAUUGACUGCCUUUUCUACAGAAUUGACAAAACAUGGUAAAUAUUGUCUAGAGCCAUGUCUCAGAAUUUUACUUGGAGAAAAAGUUUCUUUAAGUGAUUAUCUGAACGAUGAAGAGCUGGAAAUAAAUCACAAAGAAAGCGAUGCUACAGAUGAGGAUAUAUCGAAUGAUGAAGAUGGGUUUUUUGACAAAUCCAAAAAGAACAAACUUCGACAAAAGGAAAAUCCACUUUAUGAUUCUCAAUUUUCUUCUUCUCAGUCUUCCCUAGAUGAAGUCAAUUUAGACUACAUGAUUAAAAAGUCCUCAGAAAUCCCUAUUCCAAGAAGGGAGAAUUUGUUAUCAAAAAGAACUUCUGGGGCUGUGUGGUCUAAAAGUGGCCAGCUUGUUUGCUUUUUUUCAGGCAAAAAACGUGACAAGACUUCUAAUACUGACUACCAAUAUGGUGUGGACCAUUCAUCAAACAAAUUACCAUUAGCCUUAAAUAAUUCUUUACAUUCCUAUGAAAGUGAGGAAGAUUUUGAUGACAGCAACUUUUCACACUCUAGUGCAGAUGAGGGACUUUUUCACACCAGAUGGAGCACUCUUGGAAGAACCAGACACUGGAGCAGCGUGUCUGGUGCACUUCGAUAUGGCCCAAUGGAAAACCGAUCACAACCGACAAACUCUCUUCAUCAAAUAGUUGAGGAUAACCAGAAAAAUCUUAUUGUCAUUCGGGAUUUCAGACAUAUGAUUCCUGCUCGACCAGAACUGGCUGCACAAUAUGUAAUAAUGGGUUCUUCCCCUGAACAAAUGUGUCAGCAUAACUCUAUUGUGGCUAGAAAACACGGUUGUAUCGAGCUUGCAAACUGCUGGCGGUUGCUUGAAAUGAUUUUAACGACUGAGAUUAAUCUGAAUAAUAUUGAGGAAUAUGUUGAGGGAGAAAAUAUUGAUCAAGGUACUAGAAACCUGAUAGAUUUUGUCCAAGGAAAGUUCCAAUGGGGAAAUCAUCCCUAUGGACGUAAGUGGCUUGUCGAGCGACUUUUUAAUUAUUUUGAAAAACGACAGGAUCCUCAAAUGUUGGCUAAUAUGUCUUGCAUUUUUGCAUCUGUUUCCUUUUCUUCCUCUAGAGAUAAAGAUCCAUCAUAUACCCAAGUUUCUAGUUUUUCAACUCCACAAACAAAUCAUCGACAAAGGCUUUUAUCAGUUUACCAAAAUAUGGAUUCAGAAACCACUGAUAGUCCAAUGUCUAAUUUCGAGGAGUUAUUACAAAUGAAUGCAGCAUUGACCACAAAUGCAUCGUCAGGAAUACCCGUUAUUCCAGAAACAGCUGGACAUGCAAGUCCCUUUUCAAAAAUGAACACCUGGGAUUUUGGGUCUGCUACAAAAAUAGACCAAUCUACUGAUGACUAUCAAAUUAGCAGAGAUGAUAUAAUAUUGUCACCUGAAAAAUUUUUGGCAAAACGCGCAGUUACUGGCUUAAUUUCUCGUAAGGGAAGUAUAUCGCAUAAUCUUAACUUGCAUGGAAAUCAUUCAAAUAAACCACAUCUUCCGCGUUCAUCGAGUUUUUUAACAAUGUCUCAGCUACCCAGUGCAAUAAACAGCCCUUCACACAGUAACACAACAACACCUCUCGUAAAUUCAAACGAAAACAUCCUUAGGAGCAAUUCCACUUCUCAUGGUGUUUUCAAUUCGCCUCCUAAAAGGUCAACUGUAACUGGCGAAAAGAUUUAUAGUCCAACACUUAAUAUUGGCGGAACAGGAUUUCCAUUUACUAAAGUUACGAGCAGAAACAGUAUUUAUGACGCGCAGUUUUCCAGAACAGAACAUUCUGGACAAGUGAUUCACUUUAAACCACCUCCAAAUUCUUGUAUUCCAAGAAUGAAACUCACAAUAGUAAACGACGAGCUGCUUGACGAUGAAUCAAGUUUAAAGCCAAUACCGUUGUUAGAUCAGUCAAAGGAGGCUAAAUACAAAGGUUACCGUAUGCAAUACGCUGGAAUAUUGUUUUCAUGGGGUCUUGAAAUUGAAAGUUUAGAGGUUUUGAAGUUCAAUUACCUUCAUUUGUCCGACGCUUAUUACAAACCCAAGUUCAAUAAUGAUUUCGGUACACUUUAUUCGUCAAAUGUCCCACAAAGUGACAUAUCCCAUAAUCAACCUAAACGAAUUUCAGAAUUUGAUAGUUUACAUCUUGCAAAAAUCAUUUUCCACGGCAGACACAACCCUUAUGAUGCUCGAGCUAAGGGCAAAGGCCUUCACAUGGUUCAGCAAGAUAGAGAGAAAACUAAAUAUCCUCUUUGCCAGUAUUGCCAUUUGUCAGUCACGGAACAUAACCGCUACUUUUUUUGUUUACGAUGUGAACACAUUUUACAUGAUACAUGUGCUGAAGACUGGUUCACAAACGAAAAGGCUGUGGAGUGCCCCUCAGGAUGUGGCUGCUCAUCUAUAAUGUCAGAUGAGGAAGAUGGACGUGGUGACGAUGACUGGAAAAAGCUGAUGAGUGGUGGCUUCGGCAAUGUUGAUCAGCUUAUUACCAAUGCUAAAGGAGACGAUUCGGGAGCUGUAAAACAUGCUGCUGAUGCUAUCGAUUAUGCAGAUGAAGAUUUAUCUGAUGAUGAUUUGCCAGACGAAGAGGCCCCAAGCGGAAAUAAUCCAAUUGACGAGGAUGAUCAGUCAUUACCAAAGCCAGGCGCUACAAAUAUAGCUAUUUCAUCAACAACAACGAAGUCUAUACCUUUUUCGACCACAACUUCAUCAAACGGUAUAUCUUUAACGGUUCCAGGAGGUUUUCCUAUUUCCGCGCCGGUCGCGUCAACAGGGCUUGUGGUGCCCCUUAUUUCAUCAGCAGUACCUGGUUUAAACGCGUCAAAUUCGUCUGGAAUUGGAACUGAUACAAAUCUUUGGGCACCAUCAACAGGAAAUGGCUCAAGUAUGAUGUUUCCGACAACAAGUGAUGCUUUUUCGACAUUACCCUUAUCAACAUCUACGACACUUCCAGCUGACUUUUUUUCUAUGAGCACUGCACCGCCAUUAGGUCGCGAAAUGAGUUUAGAAGAACGUGUUGGAAGUGACUAUGCUGCAGCAGUCUCGGCAAUGACUUUUGAUGACGACUGGUUUACUGGAGCGAAUCCAGCUACGUCGGUGAUGGGAACAUCAGCAUUUCCUUCGUUUGACUCAUUAACCAACUUUACAUUACCAUCCACUACUGUGGGAGGAAGUGGUGUCAUGGGUCUAGGGCUUCCAUCUUCUUUGGGACCUAUGGACUCUCUUCCUAUAGUUCCAGUAACUAUUGGAAUACCUUCUAAUACUUCAACAGUUGCUUUGAAAGACGAAUCGACAAAUUCAAGAGAUCAAAAUAACAUUACUCAACAGAACAAUAAAUCAAUAGAAGAAGAUACACUUAGACGCUAUUAUCCGGAUUUCCACAAGGGAAAAAUUUUGAAAAUGAAUUCCCUUUUUACCUUAGACAAAAAAAAGAAAUACGUUCUUCCAGUUCCUAAAAACCCCAAACCAGCAGUUCCAGCUAGAGUUUCUCUUGAAAUUGAACCAGACCAAAAGUCUUUAUUUCAGCGCAGCAGAACUGUUAGGAAUGCUGAUACUUUUUAUGGAAACGUUACAAAUAUAAAUCCCAAUACCACAGCAGCCGUAUCGGACUCAAAAUAUAGAAAACAGGGUGACAUUGAAAGUCUAGAUCACAACAAAUUAAACCCUCUCCGAGAAGAAGAAAAUAUUUUAAUUGCGACUGCAGAUUGGAAUCUUGAUCAAAUAUGGGGGUCAUCAGAUUCAGAUGUUGAUAUGGACACUGAUUCUCCUAAAACUCCUCCUAAAGUUAAUGGCACCUCUACCAGUUUUGAUAGUAGUGAUGAAGACAGUGAUGAAGAUUCAUCUGUUAACAAGAAGACAACCAAUACGACCAAUAAGAAUAUACAAAAAGAAUCUAAAAAUUCUACUGCAUUGGUGAAAAAGGACGAGGGACGCCCUUCAAAACGAGUCAAAAUUUAUCAUCCUGAUAUGUAUGAUUCUGAAGAAGAAGAAGGAUUUUUUGAAGGCGUGUUUAAUUUUGACAAAUCUAAAGUUAUUUUGGAUAUGAAUGACAAUCAUUUACUAUUCACAGACACUAAUCAAUCCUUAAGGCAACCGGCUUCAAACAAUCGCCGUUCUAAUCAGAUCUCCAAGCCUACUGAUAUAUCUAACAAAAGCGUUCUUCAAAGAUACAAUAUAUCCAACGAUAGGGCUUAUGAUUUACUCAAGGAAAAUUAUCAGUCUAAAGUCAGAAGCAUUAUCAGUGAGCUCACUAUUGAUCAUUCAAUGGUUGCUCAAAGACUUCAGUCUCCUCAUUAUAAGGUCAAACUUUCUAAAGACGAAAUGCGCUCUUUCCAUAGACCUUCAUUUGUCAUUAAGCCGGGAACUGUCAUUCAUUUUUCUAAAAUCAAACAGAGAAAAAGAAAACGUGAUAAAGGAAAACCUAUUACUGAGCUUUUAUCAAAAACCACCGACCUCACACUUGGCGACUCUGCUCAAUUUUUUAUGCUGGAGUUUUCAGAAGAGUUCCCUCUUGUUUUAUCAAACUUUGGCAUGGGUAAUAAACUUAUAAAUUAUUACCGUAAAACAAGUCCAGAUGAUCGCACACGCCCUAAGCUCCCCACUGGUGAAACUAAUGUUUUGGGUGUGGAAGAUAAGAGUGCAUUUUGGAAUUUUGGUUUUAUUGAGCCUGGCAAUGUUGUGCCAGCCUUGUAUAACAAAAUGAUCCGUGCACCAAUAUUUAGACACGAUCCAAAUUCUACAGAUUUUCUUUUGGUCAGAUCCACUGGAGGAGGACAAGGUGUGAAGUACUUUUUGCGAUCUAUUCCAUAUCUUUUUAGUGUUGGUCAGACAUUUCCAGUUACUCCAAUUCCCGGACCUCAUUCCCGAAAAGUUACCACGGCUAGUAAAAACCGCCUUAAAAUGGUUGUGUUUCGUUUGCUCAACAAAGACGAACAUCAUCGUAUUAAUGUCAAGGAUCUUUCUCCACACUUCCCUGAUCAUAAUGAAAUGCAGAAUAGACAGCGUCUUAAGGAGUUUAUGGUAUUCCAGCGUACAGGCAACGACUACAGUUAUUGGAAAAUAAAACCUACAGAAACUCUUCCCAACGAAGAUGGCAUUCGAGCUAUGAUCACUCCCGAAGAUAUUGCCCUUCUUGAAGCCAUGCAGGUUGGUCAACAACAUUUGGAAGAUGCUGGAUAUGGAAAAACAGUUGACGAUGAUGAUGAUGAAGCAGAGGGGACCAGCAUUGAGGAGCAACUUGCGCCUUGGAAUAUCACUCGCAACUUUAUUAAUGCCACACAAGGAAAAGCCAUGCUUCAACUUCAUGGUGAAGGUGAUCCAUCAGGAAGUGGUGAAGCCUUCAGUUUUUUGCGUACAUCCAUGAAGGGUGGUUUCCGUGCUAUGGGUGAGUCUGUCAAUGAAAGACUUGAUAAGUCCAAAUUUGGUGGUCAUAGUUAUAAUGUUGCUCUUCAGCAAAAAGCUUAUGACGAAGAAAUAAAACGUAUUUGGUAUACCCAAGCAAAAUCCUUAUCCAACCCUAAAACAGACCAUUUAACUUGGGACGAAGAUGAGAUGAAACGAGAUGGUGAUUCACACGCUCAAAGCACCGUAAAUACCCCUCAGCCUAAAGGUGACAGUGAAUCUAUGUUUUCGCAUGCAUCUGGUAAUCAACAAAAUAAAGUGCUGAGAAUCACUCGGUUUGUUCGAGAUCAAAAUGGUACAGUUCAACGCCAGGUUGAACUUGUUACCGAUCCUAAUUUAAUCCGUGCUUAUGUUAAGCGUCGGCAAAAAAUUGAAGAUGAACUUAUGGCUCAACGCACCGAUGAAAUCACUCUCACAAAUGACGGCGAGAAAAACAAGCGCCAUAGAAAGAUUCUUGAACAGGAACUUGCAAAAUUACAACGCAACCAGGAUCGCCGUAUGGUGAGACGAGCUAUUAAGGCUGGGUUGGAACCCCCAAAGAAAACAGUUAUUGCUGGUGCAAGUUCUGAGAAAAGUAAAAGUAAUAAAGGUGUUGGAAAGGGUAAAUCUACAACCCGAAAAUGCGCUACAUGUGGUGCCAUUGGUCAUAUUAGAACCAACAAAUCAUGCCCUAUGUACAAUGAGCGUUACGGAAGUGGGAAUGAUCAGGGAUCUGCGGCUCCUCCCACACUGCCUCAAAAUACACCUGCAACUGGACCUUCUGGUUCUUCAUUAUUGUAA